UUCGGAAUUAAUUGUACCAGAGAUUUGUUCUAAGGGUUCGCAAACCCUUGCUAGCCUUACUAAAUAUAGUCGCAUACUCUUUCCUUAGUCAUCCAAAAAUCAGCGAAGGAGAUUCGAUCUCCCUCCUCAAUCGCUCCGCCUGAAAGACGAUUCGAGUCUCCCUCACUCGAUCUGGCUGAUGAGGCGAUUCCUCGGCCUUCCUCACUCACUCCGGUUGGAGAGGCGAUUCCCCGGUCUUCAUCGCACACUCCAGCUGAAGAGGCGGCUCCUCCAGUCUUCAUCGGUCACUCCGGCUGAAGAGGCGAUUCCCCGACCUUCCUCGCCCACUCCGGCUGAAAGAGGCGAUUCCCCAACCUUCCUCGCCCACUCCUGCUGAAAGGUGAUACUCUGAUUUUCUUUACUCGCUCACUCUCUCUUCUUCGCUAGCUUUCUACUUCCCUCGCUGGCGCUCUCCCUCUCUUGCGCGAUUGAGCUCCGAUUAGGUUUCUUAGGGUUUGUAGCGCGGCCGCCGCCGCCGGCUGCUUGCAGUAGUGAGGUUUUCGAUGACGAAGAGGAGGGAUGUGAUUGUGAUUGAUAUGCGGCGACGGUGUUGAGCAGAGGAGAGAUGUCGGUGGCAGGAAGAGGAAGGAAGGAGAGUGGAGGUGGUGGUGGAGGAGACAGGAAUUGAUAGCGCCAUUGCUUCAAUUUCCGCUUCGUAUGCAGUUGAAUGGUUUACUUUUGCGGGGUGGGGUGAGUGAGAAACUAAUGGGGGAAGAAAGAGAGAUAUUUGUAGGAAGGAAAGGUGAGAAUGAAUGGGCUGGGGAUUGCUUUCUUACUAGUUUUGGAUGAUUACCAAAAGGUCAAUAGAUAUGGGGUUUGGGAUGGAGCAAAUGAUGAUGCUCUAGCUUUACAGUUGGAGGGGAUGGAGAAUUCAUUAGGAACAAUGUCAUUGAGCAAUCCUCAUAGAACAACAACAAGACCAGAAAAAAAACUCUCCAUGGAUCAAGUUCUUCUUCGGCUGCAAUUCAGGACAACGUUGAUAUUGAUAAUAUGACGUACGAGGAAAUUAGUCAGUUACAAGAAUCGAUUGGCGAAGUCAGCAAAGGUCUGUCGAAGGAAGUAAUGUCCAGUUUGCCAACUUAUAAAUACAAAUAUAUAAGGAGAGGAAGAAAGUUGAAAGAUGAUUGGAUAAGUAUGACUUUCUUUUGUUUCUCGAACUGCUCCACAGUUGAUAUAUAAAGAUAUAAAGUCUGUGACUUUAUAUGUGAACGACCAUCAAUCAUAGACAUAACCAGAGUCCUUUUUUCUAUAUAAUUAGAGUGCAGUUCGUUCAUGUUGUUCAAUAUCUUGAAUCACAGUGUCUGCUAAUUCCAUUUCAUUUGACGAUUCGUACUGGUUAACAUGUGUUGAUGAAAAAUUGGGAUGCAGAGCCUUUACAUGGGGUUCAAUUUCAGUCCCCUCUUCUUCUGCCUGCCUUGCUCAUUAGCUUUCUGUUUGGGAGUGCAUACUCUAUUGAAGUAAGCUUACUUUUGCAUUAACCCUUUGCAUCAUUAUUAUAUGAACAAGGUUUAGUUGAAAGCUUAAUCAUUAAAGUUUGGUGUUACAUAUAGCUCCCGCUUAUGAGAUGGAAGAGGCAUGCAUUUCUGGUAGCCAGUUGCAUCUUGAACUUCCCAACUGGGUUUGCUUUGUCGCUAGUUAUAUGUAAGUUGACUCUGGUGCAAUACUUUUCAUUUUGUUACAUUGCAGGACAUACCUGACCUAGAUAGAGACAGGGACUUCGGAAUACAAUCUUUCACUGCCAAGUUGGGACAAAAAAAUUAAGGUUUUGGUAGAGAAUCAAUACAAGUAGCAGUGUUUGAUUAUGGCAAAAAAUUUAUCCUGAGAAUUGUUUUUAUACUGUCAGGCUACUGACUUUCAGAAACACCAUGGCGGCGUGUGCUAGCGGCCACGGCCGAGAAGUUUGGGUACUGUCCUGCUUCAGACCCAUCGAGGUGGCGCUUCUCAGCCCCUUGAAUCGUUCUUCUCCUUCUUUCCUC